AUGCCCCUGAGGAAUUGCUCUCACUGUGAGAGUGCAAAACUAAUUUCCCCAGACAAGCGCUAUUGCCGGUUCCCAAGAGGGCUUGGAAAGAUCCCCGCAGGAAUAUUCAGGGGUUUCCAAAUCUCUUCAGCCCAGCAGCUGGACACGCAGACACUGACCAUCAAAACCUUCUUGGUGAGUGGACACACUUCCUUCUUCACGGAUCGGCCUUCUUUGGCAAAUCUCAGCCCCCGUGUUAAGGAGGCUUUGGACAUGAGCCACAGAAUGCACAACCAUGAACUCAGUGCAGACACAACAUGCGUACACGUUCUCUAG